GCCCCCAUCAAACUACAAGAUGGCGCCAAAAAAAGCUGUCAAAUCCAUGAAGCCCGAAAUGUCGAAACCGAUAGAACGGCCGAUAUCAAAAUCGAAAAAGCCUAAAAAGAAGAACUACAGAAGCUUCGGAAUUUAUUUAUACAAAGUUUUGAAGUCAAUCAACCGCGACUCCGGGAUUUCUACUCAAUCUAUGGUGAUAAUGAAUAAUUUUGUUAUGGAUAUGUUCGAAAAUAUAGCAGCGGAGGCAGGAAGGUUGAUUUCUCAUACCAAGAAGACAACUUUAAGUAGCAGCGAUUUGCAGUCUGCUGUUAAAUUGUUGGUGCCUGGAGAACUAUGGAGACAUGCAAACGCACAAGGCAUCAAGGCGCUGAAAACAUAUCAUGACAACCAGGUGCGGCCAACGGUGCGGCCGAGUGAUUGACGUUUCGUACAGAUUAUAAAUGAUUUUGAAGUUUUUUUACGUUUACAAGUGUGAUUUUGAAAGAAGAACGAGAACAAUUGAAAUUAAUAAGAAGUGACAUUCGUGUACAGAUUAUAUAUGAUUUUAAAUGCAGAUAUAGAUUUAAUAAUGAAGGAGGUUGAUUCCCGCGCUUUUUACGUGUACAGACUAUAUUUUACAUAUUUUAUGAUUGUGAAACAGAUUGAUAAAUAAUUAAUUACGAAUAGCGACUGAUUUUUACGUGUACAGACUAUAUAUGAUUGAUAAUAAAUUAAAUUAUGCAUAAA